AUGGCCGCCGUCCAAGAAUUGGCCGAGCGCCUCAAGUCAGACGACAAGGUCUACGUCGACACCGACGUCGGCUCCGAUGAGCCCACGACGCCCGGCACCGAGUCCUCGCCCUUCAAGUCGCUCGCCGCAGCUUACAUCGCCAACCACGACACCACCGGUCGCCAGUUCCUCGUUCGCGCCUCCAAGACAGGUGACGACGAGGCUGCCCGCCUCGAGUGGAAGGAGCCCGCCAAGAGCGCCAUCAAGAAGGCCCAGUCUGCCCUCGACGCCCACCGCAAAAAGCUUGCCAAGCAGGCCCAGAUCGAAGCUCAGGAGGAGGAGCGCAAGAAGCAGCGCCUACAGACCCUCGAGGCCGCCAAGAAGAUCGUCAUCAAGGAGGAUGAAUCACUCCCACCUGCGAAGCGCAUCACCAUCGGCGAGAAGAACGUCGAGCUCGGUGAGGGAGACAAGAAGGGCGCCCGCGUCAAGAUUGCCGGACGCAUUCAUAGAUUGCGCGCGCAGAAGCAGGCUACCUUCAUCACGCUGGUUGACGGUUAUGGUCAUCUGCAGUGCGUCCUUCAGGCUGGCGACCUGACCAAGACCUACGAUGCUCUCACCUUCGCCCAGGGCACCUCUCUCUGGGUAUACGGCGAGCUGAAGAAGGUGCCCGAGGGCCAGACUGCCCCUGACAGCCGUGAACUGCACGUCGACUACUACAAGGUCAUUGGUACCUCGCCCACUGACGACGAUGCCAUCACCAACAAGGUCUCCCUGCUCCAGAACCAGUGGGACUCCCAGAUGCUGGACAACCGCCACCUGGUUCUCCGCGGCGACAACGCUUCCGCUCUGAUGAAGAUCCGCGCGGCCGUCGAGUGGGCUUUCACCAAGACCUACAGGGACCUCAAGAUCACAAAGGUCUCCCCCCCUGCCCUCGUGCAGACCCAGGUCGAGGGCGGCGCCACGCUCUUCUCUGUUCCCUACUAUGACGAGACUGCCUACCUGACCCAGUCAUCCCAGCUCUACCUCGAGACUGUCCUGCCCAGCUUGGGCAGCGUCUACUGUAUCGAGAAGUCGUUCCGUGCUGAGCGCAGCUUGACCCGCAGACAUUUGUCCGAGUACUCCCACGUCGAGGCCGAGCUUGACUUCAUCGAGUUCCCCGACCUGCUGGCCCAUCUGGAGGAGGUCGUGUGCCGUGUCAUCGACAACGUCCUGGCUGACGAGGAGAUCGCCGGUUACAUCAAGGAGCUCAACCCCGACUUCCAGAAGCCCUCCCGCCCUUUUAUGCGCAUGAAGUACACGGACGCCAUCGACUGGCUCAACGCCCAAGAUCCCCCCAUCCUCAACGAGGAAGGCGAGCCUCACAAGUUUGGUGACGAUAUCGCCGAGGCCGCCGAGCGCAAGAUGACCGACGCCAUCAACAAGCCCAUCUUCCUCACCCACUUCCCCACCGAGAUCAAAGCCUUCUACAUGAAGAAGGACCCCAACGACCCCCGCGUCACCGAGAGUGUCGACUGCCUGAUGCCUGGUGUUGGUGAAAUUGUCGGUGGAUCAAUGAGAAUGGAGGGCUACGAGGAGCUGCUCGCCGCCUACGAUAGAGAGGGCAUCCCGUCCAAGGACUACUACUGGUACACCGACCAGAGAAAGUACGGUACCUCCCCCCACGGUGGAUACGGUCUUGGUCUUGAGCGAUUCCUGGCCUGGCUGGCCAACCAGCACACGGUCCGCACAACAUGCCUGUAUCCCCGCUAUAUGGGCCGCUGCAAGCCUUAA